AUGAUGUGCAAACCAAACAAGUACCUGAUAUCCCAUACAAUGAACUAAAUAUCAAAGACAAGGAACUCCUGAACAAAUUAAAGAAAUAUGAAAUUGUCCAUCCUGAAGAUAUAACACCUAUUGCCAAUGAAUUCCCAGAUUUUUAUCGCCAGGUAAAUAAUUUUGCUGUGGCUGUUAUUUUCUUUGUCAUGCAUGUGAUAGUUCAUUAUACAAUUACUUUAUGGGAAUGUUGCUCGAGUUAAGAAAAGCGCUCAAAAUCACUCGCCUUCGGCUCGUGUUUCGCGCCCUUUUCUUAACUCUCGCAACAUGCCCGCGUGUUUGGAUCAGGCCAUCCAAACGCGGAAACCAUAAAGCAAUUGUUUUAUAAAAUAACAACUUUCUGUGUUAAAAUUUCACUUUAAAAAACUUUCACUUCAAAUUUCUGUGUUUGGAUGGCCUGAUCCAAACACAGGUUUCUACCAAUCAGAGCACGCGUUACAUAUGUGUUAUUUUAUAAUUAAAUUUGGUCUUUGUUAUAAAAUAUUUCUUGUUUGUUCGUAAAAAAGGAUUUAGGAAUAAUAAAAGAAUUAUGUUUUUGAUGUUACAGGAUGAGACAGUUGAGAGAAGUAUAUCUUUCUUGCUUAAUGGGAAUGUGGUAGUCCUUGACCUUGUUCCAAACAGGUAUGACAUUUUAUUUCUUUUGUAUCUAAAGUGCUAAAUUGAUGAGCUCUAAGACUUUUCAUCUUUUAUAUAUUAGCCAGUAGCUCGCCAUAAUAGAUCCCGCUUGUACUGAACUGAAUAUAUUUAUUGCUAUUGACAGAAACUUGGUUUCACCUCGAUACAAGGAGAGGCAUUACCUUUCUGAUGGAGACACUGUUUUGAGAAAGGUUUGCUUAAAACUGUAAAUUCUUAGAUGGAGAAUUAGGUAGAUAUUUAAUGCUCAUGGUGUUUAUUCUUCUUGUUGUAGCGAACACAUGACUGUUUUUUCCACGGUCAUGUAAGGAGUGAAGAGAAUUCAAAUCUUGCUUUGACCACAUGUGAAGGUUUUCAGUAAGUUGAUUUUUUACUGCUUUUAUUAUAAUUAAACUAGAUAUUUCUUCCGUUUCCAAACUGAUAAUUCUUGUUGUUGACACCCAAUAAAAGUGAUUUGUUAUUGACCAGUGUUACUGCAGCCGAGAACUUAAACUAAUCUUACUUUAUUUAUUUAUUUAUUUAUUUAUGUAUUAUACUGGCUAUUUGCAUAUCACUUCUCCCUAGGCCACACCUUAUUUGUGGUUUGUUUUUGUAGUGGGUACUUCAGAAGAAAUGACAAGACUUUCUUUAUUCAACCAUUAUUUGACCAGAGUCAGAAGGUAUAAGUUAGUUAAUAAUGCAUGAUGCCAAAUGUUUAAUUAAUGACACGUACUAAUUUUACUUUUACUGUAGUUACGUUGAUGUGGAAAAUGAUUUAUCAUUUGUAAUUUUUCAGAGGGUGGCUCAUGUCGUCUAUAGUCCGAAUGAUGUUACAGGAGAGAAAUUUCAAUGUC